AUGGGCUCCUUCCCAAGAGGUGUCUCUAGGUUCUUCGCGAUGGUGCCAAACUAUUGGGAGGCAGAUUCUCCCCUAGACACUCAUGGGAGGCUCGAUGGUUUCAGGGAUCACGAGCUCUCAACACGUCAUCCUGCGGGAGCGUGCAGCUGCGUCCUCUCCGUGGCGACGUCCGACCUGACCUUCACCCUGCACGCCUCGUCGUUCCGCUUCACCGUGUCCCGCCGCUCCAGCGGCGACGUCCUCUUCGACACCUCCGCGGCACUGGUGUUCAAGAACAGGUACCUGGAGCUGACCACGGCGCUGUCGGCGGACCGGGCGUCGCUGUACGGGCUGGGCGAGCACACGAAGCGCACGUUCCGGCUGCAGCGCAACGACACCUUCACGCUCUGGAACGCCGACAUCGCCGCCUCCAACGUGGACCUCAACCUCUACGGCUCCCACCCGUUCUACCUCGACGUGCGCCCCGCCGCCGGCGCCGCCCACGGCGUGCUCCUGCUCAACAGCAACGACAUGGACGUCGAGUACGGCGGCUCGUACCUCACCUACAAGGUCAUCGGCGGCGUGCUCGACUUCUACUUCUUCGCCGGCCCCGCCCCGCUAGACGUCGUCGACCAGUACACCCAGCUCAUCGGCCGCCCGGCUCCCAUGCCGUACUGGUCAUUUGGGUUCCAACAGUGUAGGUACGGGUACAAGAACCUGGCUGACCUGGAGGGCGUGGUGGCCGGGUACGCCAAGGCCAGGAUCCCGCUGGAGGUGAUGUGGACGGACAUCGACUACAUGGACGCGUUCAAGGACUUCACGCUGGAUCUGGUGAACUUCCCGGCCGGCCCCAUGCGGCAGUUCGUCGACCGCCUUCACCGGAACGGCCAGAAAUACGUCGUCGCCGCAAGGUGCUUUCUUUUUCGGUAA